UGAACCAGCACACAUAAAAUAUAUAUAGCAGGUCACACUCCCUAUAAAUGUAUGACGGACCAGCACACGCUAUAACUAUGAUACAUGAUACACCAGGACACGUUAUGAUGCGCUCAGCCCGGGCGCUCGUCACAGAUCCGGCCACAUGAGCUGAGGGCACACCAUACGCGCAUGCGCACACACAGUUCCUCCGCUGACCCGACGAAGAUGAUUAUAGCACCGUGAAAAUAACCCGUGCCGGUGAACUUCUCCGGAGGUGCCUGUUACACAGCGGAGAGUGCAGCAUGGCAGACAAUUGUACUUGGUUCGGCGCCCAUCCUGGCAGUAGCUCCCAAUGCGUGACAAUUACAAUAGUGAAGAGGAUCACAGCUACAUUCUCAUUAAUUGGAUGCUUUUGCAUGCUUGUCAUAAUCUGGCUGUUCAGAAAAUACAAUUGUUUGGCGCAGAAAAUGAUUCUGAGUUUGGCUAUUGCAGCUUUUUUUGACAGCAUCGCUUAUGUUAUGAGUGAAGUCUUACCAGAUGGUAUCCUUUGCAAUUUCCAGGCCUGGUGGCUAACAUAUUUUGAUUGGUGUGCGCUAGCAUGGGUCUGCUCCAUUACAUUGAACCUUUACCUGAAUGUAGUAAAAGAGAUAAGGACAGACAGAUAUCAACUGGCAUAUCAUGUUGCUGCCUGGGGAGUACCAUUUAUUCUUUCUUGCCUCCCACUCUUUGGAGAUUUUUAUGGCCCUGCUGGUGCAUGGUGCUGGAUAACAGAUGAGCACGUAGCCUGGAGAUUUGUCAUAUGGUACAUUCCAUUGUUCAGCCUGAUAUUCCUGAUGAUGCUAUGUUACCUACGGAUAAUCUAUGUGGCAAAACAAAGGGUCAACACCUGGUCUGGAACAUAUGAUCCUGGAAGAGAACGAAGCAAGAUUAUAAUGGCAGAAGAAAUUAAACCUUUGAAAUGGUAUCCCUGUGUGUAUCUGGCGGUAUCUCUCUUUCCUCUUUUAAACAGAAUCCAUAACGCCUUCUACCCAAGUCAUCCUGUGUUCAUACUCACCUUACUGCAUGUGAUGAGUGCUCCACUUCAUGGGCUGGCCAACACCAUUGUUUUUGUAUUAGACAAGGAAACUUGGAGCCAGCUUACAAUGACAUCUCUGAGGGUGGCCUUCCAAUCUAGACUCGGUGACGGCACAAGGAUCGCAGAGUAUCAUCCUGCAAGCGUGCGGUACAUGAGUCAGAUAGAUGAAGAGGAUUCUGAUUCUGGAGCUAGAAGAUCACACCAUUCUGCAACGAAUAUGCGCUGUCUGGAGGAAAAAAUGCGGAAGGCAAUGACAACCUUGGACUGCCUGAUUAAGGAGCUGUCAUCCUUCAUUAUUAAUGCUACAUAGUUAAUAUUUAAUGCUGUAUAACCGGAGCUUCUGACUGCAGCACAGCCACAAGACAUGCUGGGGUCAUACCAGCUGCAAAUCUCAAGACAGGGAAUUUGGUGGCUUUACAACGGCCUCCUGAUAAUGCAGGGAGAUACAUGCCCGGUUCAGGCAAAUGCGUGUGUGUGUAUCAAAACAAUCCCUUUGUUGGGCUCGCUCAGAUGACAUAGGCAGGGCUGAUCUGACAGCACUAAGCCUUGUUACAUGUUUAGAUUUUAAUAUUCAGGUAUUUUCCUUUCCACUGUUUUGCAGUUACCUUAAUAGAAGUGGGCAGACACAGAGAAUGCUGCACAGAGGAUACUGAUUUUGCCUGUGGCAACCAAAUUCUUCAGAGAAUUAGUAAUUUGGUUGCCAUGGGCAUUACCACUGUUACCUUUUGUAAAUGCCUAUUUCUUACAAUUCUAAGGCUAUGUUCACCUUUAAAGGGGUACUCCGGUGAAAAACUAUUUUUUUUUUUUUUCAAAUUAACUGGUGCCAGAAAGUUAAACAGAUUUGUAAAUUAAUUCUAUUAAACCAUCUUAAUCCUUCCAGCACUUAUCAGUUGCUGUAUACUACAGAGGAAGUUGAGUUGUUCUUUUCUGUCUGAUCACAGUGCUCUCGGCUGACACCUCUGUUCAUGUCAGGAACUGUCCAGAGCAUGAAAGGUUUGCUAUGGGGAUUUGCUUGUACUCUGGACAGUUCCUGACAAAAGACAGAGGUGUCAGCAGAGAGCACUGUGGUC